AUGUCGUCGACCACCAUUCCCCCCACCAAGCUGUUGGCCGUCGCCCCCAGCGCCAAGCUUGACACCAACGCCCUCAUCGUUCCCGUGACCUCGGGCGACAACGGUGUACAGCUCGGCGACGUCAGCAACCUCACCGCCGACCGCGCAUCCGCUCUCUCCUCGCAGCUCAGCAAGCUGGGCUACAAGGGCAAGGCCGGCGCCGUGAUCACGCUCCCUGGCGCAGACGGAGACGCCGCGCCCGUCCUCAUCUUUGCCGGCCUCGGCAAGCCUGAGAAGGAUGGAUCUGUCAAGCCCGAGACCCUCCGUCGUUCAGUUGGUGCCGCCGUUCGCGCUGCCUCGGGCAUGGAGCUCUCCUCUGUCGCUGUCGCUGUUCCCGCCGGUACUGGACUCCUCACGGCUGCGGCUGAGGGUGCGUCGCUCGGCGCGUACGCAUGGAACUCGUACAAGAGCAAGGACACGAGCGCUCCCGUUGGUUCUAUCCAGCUCUUGUCAUCAGAGUCGGACGCUGCCGAUGUUGUGCUCCGCGCCGAGGUUGCCGCCCGCCACGCCAAGGGUGCCCGCGACCUCGUCAACACCCCUCCCUGCGACCUGUACCCCCAAACCUUUGCCGAGCGCGCAGUCGAGCUCGCCAAGGGCCUCGAGGGUGUCACGGUCGAGGUGUGGGACGAGAAGCGCCUCGCAGAGGAGAAAUGCGGUGGUCUCGUCGGUGUUGGACAGGGCUCGGCCAAGCCUCCCCGCCUCGUCAAGAUCGCCUACACCCCCAAGGGUGUGAGCAGCCCCAAGCACCUCUCGAUUGUCGGCAAGGGCGUGACCUUUGACUCGGGAGGCAUCUCGCUCAAGCCCUCUGCCAAGAUGCAUGAGAUGAAGGGUGACAUGGGCGGCGCUGCGGCGACGCUCCAUGCUGUCCUCGCUGCCGCCGAGCUGCAGGUCCCGGCGCGCGUCACUGGCUGGCUCUGUCUCGCCGAGAACAUGCCUAGCGGCACGGCGCUCAAGAACGGCGACGUCAUCCGCCAGCGCACCGGCACCACCGUCGAGAUCCACAACACGGACGCCGAGGGCCGUCUCGUCCUUGCCGAUGGCCUCGCCGUCGCCCAGUCCAAGGCCACGGGCUACGGCACUGAGGACGCUGACCCUGACCUCCUGAUCAACAUCGCGACGCUCACUGGCGCCCAGCUCGUUGCCCUUGGCAUGCGCACCGCCGGCCUUAUGGGUGACGACAAGGCCGUCAAGGCCGUCGAGGCCGCGGCUGCCGUCACGGGCGAGCAGUUCUGGGCCAUGCCCUUCCCCGAUGAGAUGCUCGAGGACAUCAAGAGCACCACCGCCGACCUGAAGAACAUCGGCGGCAUCCCCAUGGGCGGCAUGCUCAAGGCUGGUGUCUUCCUCCAGCAGUUCGCCGGCGACAAGGGCAACUGGGCCCAUCUUGACAUUGCCGGGCCUGCGGCCAACUUUGGUACGCCAUGGGGUUACACUCCGACCGAGGGCACGGGCUUCGCCGUGCGCACGAUGCUCAAGGUCGCCGAGCAGCUUGCCGCGUAA